AUGGCGGAGGACGAAGGAUAUGCAGAUCCCAAUGCUGGCGGCGUGGCGGUGGAUGAGCCCGUGCUGCUAGCGGACGUCAAGCUCUUCGGCAAGUGGUCCUACGACGACGUCGAGGUGCCGGACAUCUCCCUGGAGGACUACAUUUCCGUGAAGCCCUCCUCACGUGCCAAGUACGCCGUCUUCGUGCCCCACACCGCGGGGCGCUACCAGAAGAAGCGGUUCAGGAAGGCUCAGUGCCCGAUCGUGGAGCGCCUGACCACGUCGCUCAUGAUGCACGGCCGCAACAACGGCAAGAAACUCCUGGCGGUGCGCAUAGUCAAGCACGCCUUCGACCUCAUCCACCUGCUGUCCGACCAGAACCCCAUCCAGGUGCUGGUGAACGCGGUAAUCAACGCCGGCCCGCGCGAGGACGCCACGAGGAUCGGGUCCGCCGGCGUGGUGCGGCGGCAAGCGGUGGACAUCUCGCCUCUGCGCCGCGUGAACCAGGCGAUCUACCUGCUGACCACGGGCGCACGGGAGGCCAGCUUCAGGAACAUCAAGACGAUCGCGGAGUGCCUGGCGGACGAGCUGAUCAACGCGUCCAAGGGGUCGUCCAACAGCUACGCGAUCAAGAAGAAGGACGAGAUCGAGCGCGUGGCGAAGGCCAACCGCUGA